AUGUCUGAUAUAAAGCACAUUUCCAUUUAUCUGGCUAUACCAGUAAACAAAACAGCCCUUAUAGUGCUUUUAAAAAUCCACAAGAACUUCAUUAACAACCUUACACAGCCCCAAGUGGCGGCGGAAACAGAAGUCCGGGCCUACGUCGACGAGACGGUCAGCCUGGGCUGCAAAGUGGACGUGAAACAAUGUGGAACCCUGCACAGCGUCAAGUGGUAUAAGGACACUUCGAGGAUAUACGUAUACAGCCAGGCGGGCAGCAUCACGAGGGCUGAGGGAGAUGCGGAAGACAGAUUAAUCGACAAUAAAUUGUGCUGGCAAGCUAUAGUCAAGGAAUCGACUUUACAAAGGCGAAUUCCCAAAGGCGAAGACGUCGUAUCGGAUGGGGAUGGGGGUGGAGGUCCUUUCGCGACGGUCCCUCUCUUGCAUCUCGGCCUUUGGUAA